UCAAGUUUCCCAGAGAUCCCAAGCUGCAUGCGAAGUGGGUGAAGCAAGUCAGGCGCACUCAUGACAAGUGGGAGCCCUCACCAACAUCCGUCCUGUGCUCUGAACACUUCGAUUUGGAUUGUUUUGACACCCUUCCCAGCUUAAAGGAAUCUCUUGGGUGUUCAGUUCAGCACAAACAUGUGUUACUACCAUCAGCAGUGCCUACAGUAUUCCGGAGGGGGUCUACUAGUAGCUACGCCGGAUCCAGCAGUCGCCUGGGACAAGCCGACUCCUCCAAAGACAGUCCUCCUGUCAGAACAUGUGUUGAGAAACGACAUAAGAUAAAGGUACGUAGAGCUAUAGAGUGCUCCGACAUGAUGCUAAAAAUAGUAACUAUGCGGUCUGCGCGGCCAUCUUGGAAGUGACUCGCUCCAGAGCGCUCAUAGAGUACACAUCAUAGAGUACACAUUCAUAAUAAUCAUAAAUGUAAUCAUAAAGUCGGCGUGAUAUCAGUCAUGUAUUUGCUUGUGAAAGCUUGCACUGUAUUCGAUGGUGUUGGAUGGUUUGUUUACGUCUUCUUAGUACUAAUACAAAAAAAACUGAUCUAUGGGUAUGGGCAUCAUAUCGCCUAGUCUUCCUCCUCACUUGCUGGUUUGUUGAUGUGACAGAUUUGUAGUAGCAGUUGUAGUAUUUUGCCUUUGCAUUGUGGUCUCUUAUUGCCAAGUUGAAAGAAUUUGUUUCUCAAAGCAAACACUGAGGGAAAGCUAACUUAGCCAGACAAGUAGGCUACAGAUUGUCAUUUGCUUACGCUGAUGUAGGUUAUCAAAUAUUUUGCUUCAUUCAAGGAUAAAACUAAGAAGCCAUAAACUAGAAGACGUGCCUGCUAAUAUUAUCCUAAAUGUAUCACGGAUCAGGCAUAGUCGUAAGCUUAUUAUGUUAGCCGUUUGCAUGCUCCAUUAGGAACUAUGUAUUCAGUGUAGCAUACGGCUUACAUGAUAUAAGCAGUGUUUACACAUGCAAGACAACAAUACACAAUAUUAAAAUAUUGAUUCCGUAACAUUUUGAACAAAUACGGGUUGACCUACCAAUCCUUGUUAUCCAACCUUGUGGUGUUCAAUGCUGGGCUGUCUGCCUGUCCGCUGUCCAUCUCGGAGUCGCUCUCAGAUUGCACAGUAACAGGUUCAAACCUGUAUGGUUGGAUGCACCCGUGUUUGUCAUCACAUGAUUCUUCCGAUCUAUCCCACUCUCAACACAAUUCUAGACUCCCAGAAGAGGAAGAGCUAGAGAGUUCACCAGCGUUUUCAUGCGCCAUUUCCAUUGAGUAGAACAGCCAGUGAACCGCAGCAUGUUCUUCCGCUGACGUCACAACAUGGCCGCGAGCCACGGACCCAGUUUUCUUGCGCUGUGCAAUUAAAAGUUGGAUAUUCGCGUAACAACAGCUUCUUUUCACGUAAUUAUAACAGAAAUCUAACAUGUUUGCCAUGUUGUAUAGUUUAUUUAAGAAAUUGCAUAGAGUCAUGUUCGUGUCAUCAGCCCUUUAAUGUGAGGUUGCUUUUUGAAGCACCUUUAAACUCUGGAGGAGAUGAAUGAAGGGGGGGAAAAAGUUGUGGUCAAAACGUCAACAUACACUUCCGCACACUUCUGCAUCUGAACAUCAGCAGGCGUGUUUCCUGACUAAAUCAGACUCGCUGCAGUGCGUUUCGAGCUUCUGGACAGCGUUCAAAUGUCAUCAUGAGGAUCUUUCAGCUUCACGUUUAUCUACUUGUGUGCUGUGGAGCUGCAGAAGGUUUCAUCGAGAAGUCGGUGAAUUUGGGACAAAAUGUGACUCUAAAGUGUGAGGUGUCUGUAAGUGAUGUGUUCUGGUUCCUGAUGAAGCCGUCAGAACCUCCAGUUUAUAUAUUACGCUCUUACUCAGGCCAGUCCCUGAGUGCAGAAUACAGUAACACGACCUUCAGCAAGACUUUCUCACUGCAAUAUAACAACAGUUUAUUUAUUCACAAUAUCAGUACUAAUGAAUUAGGAGUGUAUUACUGUAUUCAGACUGGGUCACCUCCCGACAUCAGCAGUGGAAUCAGACUUUACAUCCAGAAUCACUCAGCUGAGAAUCAGGGGUGUAAAAUUGAGCAGUGCCAGAAUCAGACAAUCAGUACACCUGGAGAAACCCAGAGAAACCUCGUUCCCAUUCUCACCAUAUUAGUAAUAAUGAACCUGGCUCUGGCUGUUACAGUUACAGUUUUUACAGUUAGUCACUGCAGAAGAUCUCCAAAAGCUCCAGCACAAGCUCCAGAUCCUGGUUUACAACAACAUCAGGACACCACCAGCCUUGUGUAUGCUCAGGUGCAGCAUGUACCGACUAAAGGACGCAUCAGGAUGACCGAACUCAACAGCACAUACGCACUCCUGCAGCCCGUGAACCCGUGACCCGACGCAACACGUGGACUUCACGAAGGUCAUCACAGGCAGAAAGAAGCCCCGCUCUUACAGCUACUGAUAUGUAAUGGACAAUUCACACGAGUCAUUUUGUAAAACCAGACGAAUUGAUUCACAAGCAUGAACAAACCUUUUUAGACUUUUUGAAGGCCUAAAUUUAUAAAAGAGGCCUAAAGUGCUUUUCUGAUGCUGUUCGAGUUGUGAAUUAAACCUGGAGUCACUUAAGGAGACGAUCUGGAAGAUUUGAAUAAGUGAGUCAUUGGACUGAAGUGAGUCGUGAUUCAGACACUUAAGGGUUCUGAGUAGAAUGUCAGCCAUUUUGAGAAACAUAAAAAAAAGGAAGGAGGGGGCGAGCGUUGUGGUCCCGCUGGCCAUGAGAUUUCCCAGAAUGCACUGACAGUGUUUCAGUUUAAACCCUGAGGUACUGUUAUCCUGCGGUUCAACUGGCCUCGAUAGUGUGGGAAGUUGCAUCAUUUCAGACUUCUGUGCAUUUGAGCUACAAAGUUGGGAAGAAACCACAGACGUCUCCAUGCCAGCUAACUGCAAUGUAAAGCAAUGUAUAGUUAGUGUUAUAGAUUUAACAAAUUGAUCUAAAGCAAAUACCUGUAUACACUCAUUUAAAAGUAAGAAUUUGUUUGCUGAAGCUGCCAUUUUGAUUUGCCCUGACUUGCUAAACUCGAGGUCAAGGAGACGACUCGAUGAGCUGGAAUUGAGUCGAGGAACGUUUUCCUUAGUCAGAGAUUAGAAAUGAUGUCUUUGACUAAAGGUCAUCACUCAGCAUUGGCGUUACACCUUUUGCUCACUUGUUCUGUUCAUCCUGCAGAGUUUUGACAAGCUACUUAUAUUGUUCUCGUUUUCUUAUUGAGCACAAGUCACACAUCCUGUAAAAAUAUUUUUUUAAAAAAACUUAAUUUAUUCAAUUCCCUUUGAUUGUAUGGAGCUACAUGCAGCUCUUCAGUGACUGAACACUGGAACGUUAUAUGAGCGGCCAACGUGGAAUGUCGUUCUCACCCCCACCUUUUGGUAUCAUGACGGAAAGAGGCGGAGUCAGUUAACUGGUUACUUGAUUACACAACCCAAGUCCUGCCUCCCAAAGUUUGAACUGCAGCAGUGAUGCAGGUAAUAUAUUAGCAUUUUCAACUAAGAUUUUUAAACACUGACUUAAAAUAUUUUGUUUCAAGGUGAGAUGAAGCAAAUCUAAAUUAAAUGCUUUUAAUGGGAAAUUAUACUGAAACCACACCUACUGUAACCUUUAUAACUGGGAAACAAUUACUCUAAACAUUGCGAGUCUGUGAUACGGGUAUUGUUAAAGAUUCGUGCAUUGUGCUCAGCUCGGUCUCUUUUUUUUUUUUUUCUUUCUCUCCCUCGUCUGUGGUUUUUGCACCUCCUGCCACUGCGCAAGAUUGAGUUGAAGGCAGUCUGGCCUUAGAGAAAGUGGCAGAAAGGGCUUUGCUACGUGUGAAUUGUGGCUAAAGUGUAUUGAGUCUCCUUUUUGAAUAGUUUCUCAUUCAUUUCUUAAUCUUUUACUGAACAUGAGUUAAAAAAAAAGUGAUUCUUUGAGUCAGGCUCGUUUGAACACGUCACUGAGUCGUACUCAUGAGAAUUCAUGUUAAGUCACGUGAUUCAACCACAAACUCUCCAGAAUAUAUUAGUGAAAAGUGAUAACAGUUUCUGAGAAUUCUCACUUCAAAAGAUCAGAUUCUUAGACAUGAUGAGUGGAAAAGAUCUGUAGUGUGUUUGGUACGAGCUUGUCCUCGAAAACCAAAGUUCCUUUUUCACAAUAGCAGGUGACAGAAGCCUAACAAGUAAACUUUGCUUGGAGCCACUUAUUUGUAAUUUGCCAGUAAAAGUUUUAUUUCAGCUAAACUUUAGUCAUAUGAUUGAUGGAGAACAGAAAAAAAGAUGAAUAUACUGGAGAUAGAGGAGGGCUGAGAAACUAAACUAUUGAGAUCAAACACAUUGAGAUUUUAUGAAAUCAUUUUGUUCUUUUGGUCACUGUGACUUGCUACAUUUCAGAUAAAAAAAAACAUUAUCAGUUGUAACCAAUUGUCUGAUUUUGGAUGUAUAUUUUUAUUUCCAAAUAAAAUCAUGUCGGUGA